GCAGUGGAAAAAGAGAGAGAGAGAGAGAGUGAGCGUGGGUUUACAUCAAUAGAGGGAAGACGAAGCAGACGCCACGCAGAGAAAUAGAGGGUGUAAAUAAGUGAGAAGGCGGGUGGUUGUGGUUCCGGACUUCUCUCUCUCUGUUAUCUGUUUUUGUUUUUAUUUUUAUAUUUUCUAAUUUUUUUGGUUGCUCCAUUCCAUUUGCUUUUCCUUCUUCUCCACACAAUCCUUUUCCCUCUCACUCUCUCUUUCUCUACGAUAUCUGCUAUGGCGUCUCGGUACUCAGUCACCAGUCCCAUUACUCAGCUCCUUAACUCCUCCUCCAAUAGCCACUCCCCAGCUGCUCAGCCUCCUUCGCUUCGCAAUGGACUAUUUGUCGUCGAUUUCGUUGGCUUGUAUUGCAAAUCGAAGCGGACUCGUAGGAAAUUCGGAGCUCCAAUGAUCUCUCGGAGCCUUCCUCAAUUCGUUCCCGAGACCAAGACCUCGUCGUCGGUCAAAGCGGUGCUCGAUCUUCAACGUACCAGUAUAUCGUUGGAUGAAUCACCUUCUCAUCCUGAUUUCAAUCCGCAGCAGGUUGCAAACUUGGAUGAUAUAAUAUCAGAAAGAGGAGCUUGUGGAGUUGGAUUUAUUGCCAAUUUGGACAAUAAAGCAUCCCAUCAGAUUGUUCAAGAUGCUCUUACAGCUCUUGGCUGCAUGGAACAUCGCGGGGGAUGUGGAGCAGAUAAUGACUCCGGUGAUGGUUCAGGAUUAAUGACUUCAAUUCCUUGGGAUCUAUUUGACAAUUGGGCCAACUCACAAGGGAUUUCUACCUUUGAUAAGUUGCACACUGGUGUUGGCAUGGUUUUUCUCCCCAAAGAUGAUGACACUGCAAAAGAAGCCAAAAAAGUUAUUGUGAAUAUUUUUAAACAAGAGGGUCUUGAAGUGUUAGGGUGGAGGCCUGUUCCUGUAAAUACUUCUGUAGUUGGUUACUAUGCAAAAGAAACCAUGCCCAACAUACAGCAGGUAUUUGUAAAAGUUGUUAAAGAGGAGAAUGUUGAUGACAUUGAACGGGAAAUGUACAUUUGCAGGAAAUUGAUUGAAAGAGCAGCACAAUCAGAAAGUUGGGGAAAUGAACUUUAUUUCUGUUCUUUGUCCAAUCAAACUUUAGUUUACAAGGGCAUGCUUCGUUCAGAAGUUCUUGGGUUAUUUUAUUCUGACCUUCAAAGUGAUCUGUAUAAAUCCCCUUUUGCCAUUUAUCAUCGAAGGUAUAGCACAAAUACUAGUCCCAGAUGGCCCCUAGCACAACCAAUGAGGUUGCUUGGUCACAAUGGAGAGAUUAAUACCAUACAGGGGAACUUGAACUGGAUGCAAUCCAGGGAAACCUCAUUGAAGUCGCCUGUAUGGGGUGGUCGUGAAAAUGAAAUUCGUCCCUUUGGCAAUCCAAAGGCAUCUGACUCAGCAAAUCUUGACAGUGCAGCGGAAUUGUUAAUAAGAAGUGGACGUGCUCCUGAGGAAGCUUUAAUGAUUCUUGUCCCGGAGGCAUACAAGAAUCACCCAACUUUGACAAUUAAGUACCCUGAGGUGGUUGACUUUUAUGACUAUUACAAGGGUCAAAUGGAGGCUUGGGAUGGACCUGCCUUACUUUUAUUCAGUGAUGGAAAGACAGUCGGAGCCUGUCUUGAUCGUAAUGGACUUCGCCCUGCUAGGUAUUGGCGGACAGCUGACAAUGUUGUCUAUGUUGCAUCUGAGGUUGGUGUGCUACCUAUGGAUGAGUCAAAAGUCACAAUGAAAGGCCGUCUAGGUCCAGGAAUGAUGAUAACUGUUGACUUACAAAGUGGACAGGUUUAUGAAAAUACAGAAGUUAAAAAGCGGGUUGCCUUGUCAAAUCCAUAUGGAAAAUGGGUCAAGGAAAACCUUCGGUCCUUGAAGCCAGCAAACUUCCACUCAGCAACAGUUAUGGACAAUGAUGCAAUACUAAGACACCAACAGGCAUUUGGAUACUCCAGCGAGGAUGUCCAAAUGGUUAUUGAGACUAUGGCUGCUCAAGGGAAGGAGCCGACAUUUUGUAUGGGAGAUGAUAUUCCAUUGGCAAUCGUAUCUCAGAGGCCCCACAUGCUUUAUGAUUAUUUUAAACAACGGUUUGCACAGGUUACAAAUCCAGCUAUUGAUCCUCUUAGAGAAGGGUUAGUUAUGUCUCUUGAAGUGAACAUUGGGAAGCGAGGAAAUAUAUUGGAGGUUGGACCCGAAAAUGUUUCACAGGUUAUCUUGUCGAGCCCCGUACUGAAUGAAAAAGAGCUCGAUUCUUUGCUGAAAGAUGCUCAGUUAAAACCCAAAGUUAUACCAACAUUUUUUGACAUACAUAAAGGGGUUGAUGGCUCCUUGGAGAAGACACUGUCUAGGCUUUGUGAAGCUGCUGAUGAAGCAGUUCGAAACGGUUCCCAAUUGCUUGUUCUCUCUGAUCGGUCUGAUGAGUUGGAGCCCACUCGGCCUGCAAUUCCAAUACUUCUUGCUGUUGGUGCUAUUCAUCAGCAUCUUAUUCAAAAUGGAUUGCGUAUGUCAGCCUCUAUUGUCGCAGACACUGCUCAGUGCUUCAGUACCCAUCAGUUUGCCUGCUUGGUUGGAUACGGUGCAAGUGCCAUAUGCCCAUAUUUAGCACUGGAAACGUGCCGACAGUGGCGUCUGAGUACUAAAACAGUAAAUUUGAUGCGCAAUGGAAAGAUGCCUACCGUAACUAUUGAACAGGCUCAAAAGAACUUCGUCAAGGCUGUCAAGUCUGGUCUUCUCAAAAUUCUUUCCAAAAUGGGCAUCUCACUGCUUUCAAGUUACUGUGGUGCACAGAUUUUUGAGAUUUAUGGACUAGGGAAGGAGAUUGUUGAUCUUGCAUUUUGUGGUAGUAGAUCAAGUAUUGGUGGAUUGACCUUUGAUGAGCUGGCGAGGGAGUCUUUGUCCUUUUGGGUGAAAGCUUUCUCUGAGGAUACGGCUAAAAGAUUAGAGAACUUUGGAUUUAUACAAUUUAGACCAGGAGGGGAGUAUCAUGGGAACAAUCCAGAGAUGUCAAAGUUGCUGCACAAGGCUGUUCGUCAAAAGAGUGAAAGUGCCUUUUCAGUUUAUCAACAACAUCUGGCUAAUCGACCUGUGAAUGUUCUACGUGAUCUUCUUGAGUUCAAAAGUGAUCGUGCUCCAAUUCCCGUGGGGAAGGUUGAGUCUGCUGCAUCUAUUGUUCAACGGUUCUGCACUGGUGGGAUGUCACUUGGAGCUAUUUCAAGAGAGACUCAUGAGGCUAUUGCCAUUGCUAUGAAUAGAUUAGGAGGAAAAUCUAAUUCAGGGGAAGGUGGUGAGGAUCCUAUUCGCUGGAGGCCGCUAACAGAUGUUGUUGAUGGGUACUCUCCAACACUUCCACAUCUCAAAGGUCUUCAAAAUGGAGAUACUGCUACAAGUGCUAUCAAGCAGGUUGCUUCAGGACGUUUUGGUGUCACUCCGACAUUCUUAGCCAAUGCCGAUCAGCUAGAAAUCAAAAUUGCACAAGGUGCAAAACCAGGUGAAGGUGGUCAAUUGCCUGGUAAAAAAGUUAGUGCAUAUAUUGCAAGGUUAAGAAAUUCCAAACCUGGAGUUCCACUUAUAUCUCCCCCUCCACAUCAUGAUAUUUAUUCCAUUGAGGAUCUCGCCCAGUUGAUAUUUGACCUUCAUCAGGUAAACCCCAAGGCUAAAGUGUCUGUAAAACUUGUAGCAGAAGCAGGAAUUGGCACUGUUGCUUCUGGGGUAGCAAAGGGUAACGCUGAUAUUAUCCAGAUAUCUGGGCAUGAUGGUGGAACUGGAGCAAGCCCUAUAAGUUCCAUUAAGCAUGCUGGCGGACCUUGGGAACUUGGAGUUACAGAAACCCACCAGACACUCAUUGAAAAUGGUCUCAGAGAAAGAGUUAUUCUCAGAGUUGAUGGUGGCUUUAGAAGUGGAGUAGACGUCUUAAUGGCUGCAGCUAUGGGUGCUGAUGAGUAUGGGUUCGGCUCUGUUGCUAUGAUAGCUACUGGAUGUGUUAUGGCCCGCAUUUGCCACACAAAUAAUUGUCCCGUUGGUGUUGCUAGUCAGAGAGAAGAACUGCGUGCUCGCUUUCCUGGAGUUCCUGGUGAUCUUGUUAAUUACUUUUUAUACGUUGCUGAGGAGGUAAGAGGCAUAUUGGCACAAUUAGGAUAUGAGAAGUUGGAUGAUAUAAUUGGACGGACAGAUUUAUUAAGACCACGGGAUAUAUCUCUUGUGAAAACUCAGCAUCUCGAUCUCAGUUAUAUUCUCUCAAAUGUUGGGUUACCAAAAUGGAGUAGUACUGAAAUCAGGAAUCAGGAUGUUCAUACUAAUGGUCCUGUUCUAGAUGAUGUUAUGUUAGCAGAUCCAGAGAUAUCAGAUGCAAUUGAGAAUGAAAAAGUGGUGCAUAAGACCAUAAACAUAUACAAUGUCGACCGUGCUGCUUGUGGACGCAUUGCUGGAGUGAUUGCCAAGAAAUAUGGUGACACCGGUUUUGCUGGGCAGCUGAACAUAACAUUUAAAGGGAGUGCUGGGCAAUCAUUUGGAUGCUUCUUGACACCUGGAAUGACCAUUCGGCUCAUUGGAGAGGCUAAUGAUUAUGUGGGAAAGGGUAUUGCUGGAGGUGAGAUAGUCGUCACUCCAGUUGAGAACACUGGCUUUGCCCCUGAGGAUGCCGCUAUUGUGGGCAAUACCUGCUUAUAUGGUGCAACUGGUGGUCAAAUAUUUGUGAGAGGGAAAGCUGGGGAGCGAUUUGCAGUCAGAAACUCACUGGCUCAAGCAGUGGUUGAAGGCACUGGAGACCAUUGUUGUGAAUACAUGACUGGUGGAUGUGUUGUUAUACUUGGAAAAGUGGGUAGAAACGUAGCUGCUGGAAUGACUGGAGGUUUGACAUAUAUUCUUGAUGAAGAUGAUACUCUUAUUCCCAAGGUAAACAGAGAGAUUGUGAAGAUCCAAAGAGUGCUUGCCCCUGUGGGGCAGAUGCAGUUGAAGAACCUUAUUGAAGCCCAUGUUGAAAAAACUGGUAGCAGCAAAGGCUCAGCUAUUCUAAAGGAAUGGGACAAAUAUCUACCACUCUUUUGGCAGUUGGUUCCUCCAAGUGAAGAAGACACCCCAGAGGCUUGCGUUGACUAUGAGAAAACAUCUGCUGGACAGGUGACCUUGCAGUCUGCAUAGAGUAACAAUUCAACGACACCUUGAGGUGAGCAUUCAAACCCGUAAAGCUCCAACUCCAAGCGAAGAAGAAGAUUUCACUUUAAUGUUGACAGUUUAUACUCAUUCAUGGGAUCAAGAAGUGGAUCACUACCAUGAGUUGACAACAAAAAAAAAAAAAAAAAAAAAAGAGAA